GAGAGAGAGAGAGAGUGGGGGGGAGAGAGAGAGAGUGGGGGAGAGAGAGAGAGAGGGAGAGAGCAUCUUCAGAAAAAACCCAAACCAAACAUCUUACUCCUUGUGCUGUUCGGAUAUACACACAAAUAUAUCUUGUAACCACGGCUUCAAAAGUGGACAACGUUUUCUCCCCUCUAUCCCUGCAUUUCUUCAAGAAAGAAAUGGAAGAGGGCUCCAGUUCUCCCGUCUCCCCAGUGGAUAGUCUGGUGACCAGCGAGGAGGAGCUGGACAGACAGCAGAAGCGCUUCGGCAGGAAAAGGAGACACAGUAAGAAGUCGAGCGAGGACAGCAGUCCCGGUCCGGUGAAACGGGCCAAGAAGCCCAGUCCCAGCAGCACGCAGUCGUACGAGGAGCUGCAGAACCAGCGGGUACUGGCCAACGUCCGGGAGAGGCAAAGGACUCAGUCGCUGAACGAAGCCUUCGCGUCUUUGCGCAAAAUCAUCCCCACGCUACCGUCGGAUAAACUCAGCAAGAUACAGACACUGAAGUUGGCCUCCAGAUACAUUGACUUUCUCUAUCAGGUGCUGCAGAGCGACGAGAUGGACAACAAGAUGUCCAGCUGCAGUUACGUCGCGCACGAGAGACUCAGUUACGCCUUCUCCGUGUGGAGGAUGGAGGGUGCGUGGUCGAUGUCAGCAUCUCAUUAGCACCCCGUGAUGCUGAGCCCGCCACUCUGAAUGCCAAAGCGACUGUUUACCAAAGUACGAAGACUAAAGGAAAAGUAAAGGAAGAGUAAAGGAAGAGUAAAGGAAGCAUAAAGGAAGAGUAAAGGAAGAGUAAAGGAAGAGUAAAAGAAGAGUAAAGGAAGAGUAAAGGAGUUAUUGGAGAACCCACGAACCUCAGAGGCAUGGCCAACAGACGUAAUGUGACACACAGCUACAGACACUUGGAGGGGUUGUUGUGUUGUUGUUGUUGUGUUGUUGUCAGUGUAGUUACAUGCUGAGCGACACAUUGGGACUGUGUGUGUGUGUGUGUGUGUGUGUGUGUGUGUGUGUGUGUGUGUGUGUGUGUGUGUGUGUGUGUGACGGAGGAGAGAGAUGUCCCUGUCAUCACCAUCACUCCAUCAGGACAGAGGGGACUAAUGCUCCGCAUCACCACAGCAAACACAUCCUUUAUCCUCCCACCAGAUUAUAUUUUUGUUUGUUUUCAAAGACUUCUAAGAAAAAAAUAUUAUAUAUAUAUAGAUAUAUAAAUGAACCCGUAUUGUACAUACCUGUGUAAGUAGGCUCAUUAGUUUGUAAAAGGGACCAAUGCAAUUUAGAGGUAUUACGUUGUUGAAAUACGCUGCAUGGAAAUUUAUCACGACUUUCUUUUGGCAAAUUCGACUCAACACUCCGUCCAGUGUACAUUUUGCUUAUUUAUUAAAACACGUAUUUUUUUUGAACGGGAUGCAUUUGAGGUCUUGA